AAAGCCCAAAGGAAGGCAUACUAUGAUGAACUAGAAUAUAGGGAAAAACUUUUCAUGAAGAAGCAGCUGAAGGAAGAUAAAAAGCGGCGGAAGAUGAUGAAGAAAAUGCAAGAAGCAGCUAAAGAUUUUUCUCCAGACUUAGGUGAAAAUGCGGAAGAAGAGACCAAUGGUUCUGCAUCUGUGCCAGUUCCUAUGCAAGACAUGACCCUACCUGCUUCCUUUGAUUCUGAUAAUCCAACUCAUCGAUAUCGUUAUCUCGACUCCUCUAGCCCAUGGCUUGUGAGACCUGUCUUAGAACCUAAUGGUUGGGAUCAUGACAUUGGUUAUGAGGGACUAAAUGUAGAAAGAUUAUUUGUGGUUAAAGAUAAGGUACCGAUAUCUUUUUCUGGCCAUGUUUCAAAAGAUAAAAAGGAUGCCAACCUUCAAAUGGAAAUAGCAAGUUCAGUGAAGCAUGGGAAUGGGAAAGCAACUUCUGUAGGUUUUGAUAUGCAAUCAGUUGGAAAAGACAUUGCUUAUACUCUUCGAAGUGAGACGAGAUUUAGCAAUCACAGACUAAAUAAGGCCAUUGCUGGUCUUUCGGCUACUCUUUUGGGUGAUGUAUUAACUGGUGGAAUGAAAUUAGAGGACAAAUUGAUUGUUGGUAAACGAGGUCAGUUGGUUGUUUCUGGAGGAGCCAUUUUUGGUCGUGGGGAUGUUGCUUAUGGUGGUAGUCUGGAAGCUACAUUGAGGGACAAAGAUCAUCCUUUAGGACGUUUCUUAUCAACUUUGGGGCUCUCAGUCAUGGAUUGGCAUGGAGAUCUUGCUAUUGGAUGCAACUCACAGACUCAGAUCCCUAUCGGACGACAUACAAAUUUGAUUGGCCGUGUCAAUAUAAAUAACAGGGGGUCUGGACAAGUUAGUAUUCGUAUAAACAGCACCGAACAGCUUCAGAUAGCCUUGAUCAGCUUAAUUCCUCUGGCUAAAAAGUUGCUUGGUUAUUCUCAGCCCAUGCAGUAUGCAUAAUGAUGAAAUUUGAGUCAUCCAUGAUGUGGCUGCUGUUGGAUCGAUCGAGUUUAUUUUUAAGUGCCCAUCCUUUGUGAAUUUGCAAUAAACAUAGAUGCUUCCUCGGUCCAAUAGGUGGGUAGAAGAUAGAAAAAUACUGUCAAUUAGAAGCUUGUCUGUAGAAGUCACAAGGCCUCACUUCGAAGAUCUUGGUUUUAUUGUUUUUGUUUACUAAAUGGAGCAUGUAAAUUAUUACUUAUUAUUAUCAAGUAAAGUUCUUGGACGAGUUUUGGAGGAUGAGAUUUUUAGUGCCACAGCUGAACUGAGUUAGAUGGGUUUCUUGCAUUUGUUGAUUAUAUUGUAUAUUGAUUCUGGCAUGUAUAAGCUGUUGUGCAACUCGGGUUUUACGCACAGCAAAACAUGCUCUUUAUUUUAUGUGGUUGUUUUGGAACCGUUCAAUUUUCUAAGUUGUAUGUUCCCUACAGUCACUGAGACAGCUUAAAAGUC